UUGGAGAAAGCUGGGGGAGGGAUCGUGUUCAGCACAUACUGGAGGGAAGGGAGGGGGGCUCUCGGGUGUGCACGACGCCCCUCGUCCAUUGGAGUGGUCCACUUGCGGCGGGUCAAACGCGCUGCAAGGAGCGCCCCCCCCCCCCCGCGGCCCGCGGCCCCUUUUCCCUCCCCUUCCUUCGCUUCCCUCCUUCCUUCGGCGGAGGGCGGUCUGGACGGCGGGCCCCUCCCCGCCCGGCCUCCUCCGCGUCGCCGGCGCUCGCUGCCUGCCUGCCUGCCUGCCUGCCUGGGACGGAGUGCAUGGUCUUCCGGCGGCUCCUCUCUGCGGCUCCCGUCCCCGCCUUGGCCGGCUUGGCCCGAUCCGACGAGUCAGAAGCGGCAGGAGCGAGCGCGUGUUCUUUGGAGAAAAUGUCAUCGGACAUAUCAUUAGACAUCAACAUCAAAGAGCCUCGCUGGGAUCAAAGCACAUUUAUUGGACGAGCGAGCCAUUUCUUCACUGUGACCGAUCCCAGGAAUAUUUUGUUAUCCAAUGAACAGCUGGAAAAAGCAAGGAAAAUUGUUCAUGACUACAGGCAAGGUAUUUUGGCCCCCGGAUUGACAGAAGAUGAUCUUUGGAGGGCAAAAUAUAUCUAUGAUUCGGCUUUUCAUCCAGAUACUGGUGAAAAGAUGGUUUUGAUAGGUCGCAUGUCUGCUCAGGUGCCUAUGAACAUGACUAUUACAGGCUGUAUGAUGACUUUUUAUAGAACUACUCCAGCUGUGGUCUUCUGGCAAUGGAUUAACCAGUCAUUUAAUGCCAUUGUAAAUUAUACCAACAGAAGUGGAGAUGCUCCAAUUACUGUCAGCCAGCUGGGAACAGCCUAUGUUUCUGCCACCACAGGUGCUGUUGCAACUGCUCUAGGACUAAAUGCACUAACAAAGCAUGUCUCACCUCUUAUAGGACGUUUUGUUCCCUUUGCUGCUGUUGCUGCUGCUAAUUGCAUCAAUAUCCCAUUAAUGAGACAAAGGGAACUAAAGUAUGGUAUUCCCAUUACAGACGAAAAUGGAAACCGACUGGGUGAAUCAUCCAAAGCCGCUCAACAGGCCAUAGUGCAGGUGGUUAUCUCGAGGAUCCUUAUGGCUGCUCCAGGCAUGGCCAUUCCCCCUUUCAUUAUGAAUUCUUUGGAAAAGAAAGCAUUUUUAAAGAGGUUUCCAUGGAUGAGCGCCCCCAUUCAAGUGGGUUUAGUUGGCUUCUGUUUGGUGUUCGCAACCCCAUUGUGCUGUGCCCUAUUUCCACAAAAAAGUUCCAUGUCUGUAACACGUCUGGAGCCUGAAUUACAAGCCAAGAUCCAAGAGAUCAAUCCUGAAUUGCAAUGUGUGUAUUUCAACAAAGGACUGUAGAAAACAUCAACAUAUCUCUCAGUGACAAAUAGCUGAAUCUACUUUUGAUUGUGACAUUGUUGACGAAAAGAACUCAGUCCUGAUAUGCUCAUUCAAUUUCACACAGUUUGAGGUAGUGAUUAUUUAAUAUCACAAAGAGAUCUCAUCAUUAUUGUUUCAGAUUGUUGUCAGUGCCAUUAUCUGUAUUUUCCACUUCAUAGAUAUCAUAUUUCUUCAGCUGUAAUUAUUGUAGUUUCCAUUAGUUUUUUGAGGACUAAAUUCAACAUUAAUCCUAUCCAGAGUAAUCCUUGGGUGGAAGACCACCAACAAAUAUCAGGUGCUGUAGGCUAUAUUUCUGAGGAAGGAAAUGGCAAAACCCAUUCUGCUUAUUCCUUGUCUCUGAACCCUAUAAAAAUCAAUAACACACCACAAGUUAAUUGUGGCUCACAAUGCUAUUCAUUUCAAAGGCUGUAUUCAAGGUAGGACCAAUAUUGAAUUUAUCCCUAAAUUUCUUACAGAAAAAGUCACAAACACAACAAAAUCACACAAUGCUGUGUUACACUUAGUGUCUAUUUUAUUUUAAAUCUUUCUAUACAAGAGAAGGAUUGCCAACUACAUAUUUAACUUUUAUAUUUGCAUCUACAAUUUAGAUUAUUUUUCUCUAUUGGAGUACUUUCUUAGGCAGUGUGUGAUAUUGUGAUGUCUACUUGAGAACUGGCUUCAUUUUUGCCUUAUCUUUCGAGCAAAUGAAAGAUAUUUUGCCAAAUUGUUUCUGUGGUGACUUCCCAUCACCUGUAUAUCCCAUCCCUUGACUAUUGUAACUAGAAAUAACCCUUGAAAUCUGUAUGAAAUUGAUAAUAAUAGAUAAUCUAUGGAGCCAGUUUACAUGUUGAGCAGGGUACAUAGUACAAUUGUCUCAGGAGUAUUAUAAUACCUCUUCAUGUAUGCUGUACAUGAGGAUUUAUGUGCUUUUGUGUAUGUCCUCAUUUAAAAUUUUCCCUCAUGUGUAAAGCUCACCACACCAUGCUAACUCUGAAAGGACAUUUGAGUUAGCUCUUGUAACUGCUUGAUGGACAAGAUGCUAUAGAAAUUUUCUAAUGAGUGCCAAAUGUUAUUUAUGCUGCUUGUUUGAAGGUGGUGGCCAAAUCCUGCUAAAAUGCAGGGCUAGAAUUAUACAUAUUGUUUAUGAGUAUCAAUUGUCCCACCCAGAAAUAGAAAUAUAUUUGUUUCCUUUUCUUUUUGUUUCCUUAUUUUCACAUAUUGGAAAAUAAUCAAAUUUCUUGUAAUUUUCUUGAGCCAAAAAAAUUAAGCCCACAAUCAGGCAACACCUUUAUUAGGUCCAACCAAAUGACAGGAAGGUAUGCAACUUCAUCACACAAAUCCCCAGAAAUCCUAGUAGGAAAAAGUUGGUGAUCGGGCCAGAUGUGAUAACUCUAUCUCGGUAUAGAGACUGCAGACUGAAAGAAUCAUUGGUGGGCAUCAGAUUGCAUCUAGCAAUAAUGGUUCAAGAAAUGUUGUGGUACUAAUAAAGGUAAUUCCUUAUCUAUGAGUUUUAUUGCUAUUCCCGAGAUAUUUUUUCUUAAAAUCCAGUGUAUGGAAAUGCCUUGGAGCUCAAUGCUAUUGUAUAAUUGCCCUGUUUGGGGAAAAAACUCAAAUGAGAUGCUACAUAGUUUUUAAAAUAUACUGAUAGUUGUUGGUCAAUGGUUUUAUUCCCUACGAAGCACAGGAAUCUGUUCAUGGCUCUUUUAAUACCCCGUGUUUCACUGCAUAAUAGUUGCCAUCACAUAAUAGUCGUGCCCCUCUUUUGGGGUCCUGAAAAUGGUUUCUUGCCUUUCUUUGCUUCAUUAUCCCUCCUGCCUCCUUGGAGGUAAGACAGUUUUUAAAAAGAAAUACAAAUGGAGCCAGCUGAGUCUGGGGCAUUCCCUGUUGUACAUCCGAGGAGGGAGAAGGGAGAGCCCUAAACAGAGCCAGCUGGGUCUUCUCCCUCUUACCUCCUCGGAAGUAAGAGAGGGAAAGCCCCAAACCCCCAAAACUCAGACAGCUCAGUAUGUAUUUCUUUUUAAAAAUGUCUUCUCUCCAUGGAGGAGGCUGGGUGCUCUCAUUUCCCAUUUUACAGACAACAGAAUAGGAACUUGCUCAGGCAAAGUCAGCUGACAAUUGAGAACCAAUCUCCAACACUCAGCCUAGUAAAUUAUCCUGGUGCAUUCAGCCCCACAAAUGAGGGAAUUAUCUCCCUGGACAUUUCAUUGUUUUUGCCUGAUUCACAUACACUCUUGAUCCUUAUUGUUUAUGUUACAGUAUUCUACAAUACAAUGGAGACCCCCCACAUGUACUGAUAUAAAUAGAUCUAGCUCUGUCCAUGUCUAAAAUAAUAUAUGCAAUAAGUGAGCCUUGUACUACCAGUGAGUAGCAGCUAUAUAGUGUAGCUACUGUCCAGAUGUGUUAGACACAAUGUAAAAGUCCAAAAAUAUGAUUGCAGUGCCAUGUAGCAGAAGAUUGCUUGGUAGCAGUCAAUGUUCAACGUAGAACUGGAAUGAAAGGACGAUCUUAUGCUGAAGCUCAGCAUUUGUUUUAGUCAAUAGUGAAUUGCAUUCCAGGUAGGACUAUGUGCCACUGGAAGCUUGUGAACUCAUUGCAGUUCAGUAGAGCCAACAGGUUUUCUUGAAAAACUACAAACCGCGUACUCUUUGUCUUAACAUGCCACAUGCAGCUAUUGAGGCAAUAUUGAGCCUGUUUUUGUGUUUCACUCUCAAAUCACACAGGGCAAUAAAGAAGCCCACCCAUAAUAUAAGCCUUAGAAUAAGUGUGAGGAAUAUUUGUUCCUUCUAAUGUUAUGGGUUAUGACUCCUGUACUCUAGGUUUAGCUUUUGGGGGAAGCUAAUAUUGCAGACUCCUUUGCUUGUAAAAUGUGUCUCUUGUAAGGUAUGCCCCUUAUUGGAAGCCAGAAAGCUUCUCCCUUGUAAACCUGUCAUAUGUCCCUUAUUCUAAGGCUUGCCCCAUAUUUGAGGGUUGGAAAGCUUUUACUUUUAUGGAGACUAAACAAUCCCCCCCCCCAUUUUAUUUUGCAAUAUGGCUCCUUCCUAAGGAUAGAAAUGUUCAUCACAUAAUUUAUGAAUGCAGACAAUAUGUUAAUUUUAUUGAGAAAUAUAUGACUAGGUUAAUUGAAGUCAAUACUAGCAUUGGUAAUUUGUUAGAACACAAAAUGGACAGAUCAGGGAAAAUAUCUCAGAUGUUAAGGAGAUUUUCCCCUAAGGGGCCUGAGGGAGAAACAUCUAGGUCAGAACUGGGCAGCAAUUCCCCCAGUUUUACUUUCACUACUACAAGCCUCCCUUGGCACUAAAACAGAAAAAGAUAGCUUUUGAUAUAAUUUGCCUUUAAAUGGGAAUGUUGUGGCAAGAGACUGGUUACCCUUAAUGAUUUGUACCCUUUGGGGGGCAAAGGAGCAGUUCUGAAGAAUUGUAGAAGGAUCAUGUUCAUUGGGUGUGCCUUGGACCUAUAGAUUUCUGCUAGUAUAGAUACAGCCUUCUACAAGUUUUCUUAACAGCCUGAUCAGAUCAGAACUACUCAGAAGAAAAACACAAAUGAGUUCUUCCUAGUAGAGGAGCAGCUGGGUCUUUGAGGGUGCACUGGGGUUAAUGGUUUCCCUAGAAAAUUUUGACAGUACAAUGACAAUAUUUCUGUAGGAGAAGAGACAGUGGUAAAGGGACUAUAUUAAAUGUACCCAUAUUUCAUAGCUGCAGACCACAGGAAAGAAUGUGAUAGUUUCAAUCCUUUUUAAAAAGGGCUCAGUGUUUUAAGGCUGCACCUUUCCCAAUCAUUUUUGUUUUCUACUUGAUAUAAAUUGAAUCUAUUUAAACCUAUCUCACGAUGCUUGCGUAAAUUGAGUACUUACAAGUGGCAUAAUUGGGAAAAUUAGAACAGAGCAGAGAGCUUUACUGAUAUAUUGUCUCAGCCCAUCAAAAUUCAUGUCCAGCUUUUGUUUUUUAAACACCAGUCUACUAAUGUUUUUUUUUUAACUCAAAUGAAUAGUCAUACAUUUUUUCCUGGUACUAUUGAAAAGAACAAAAAAAAGGAUUAUGAUCAGCCAAUCUGAUCUGAUAGAGACAGAAUGUUUUAAAAAUGUUUCCAAUAAAGUGCAAUAAACUUACAUAACUAGUUAACUGAGCAGUUAUAUUUCCAUUUUUGGAAAAUGAUUUUGGAUUAUAUUGUGACUUAAGUACAUUUUUAAUGUAAGUAUUAGCACAAUGUGUUGCCAUACCAGAUGGCAUUAAAUGUACUAUUUAAAGUGAAUGAGAUGAAAUAUUAAAAUUGGUGAUUGAAAUGAA